AGGUAUAUUUUGUUUUUACACGCAGACGAAUCUACAGCGUGUCCAACUUUCGAUCAGUGACGUUAACACUACUGUAUGGCAGAGAUGUAUGUCUCUGUGUAUGGUAACGCAUCAUCUUGUUCAAUUUGUUGGAUUCCAUCCAUCUAAAUAGAAGAUGACAUUGGGAAAGUUAGUCGUUAAUAAUUUAGCCAAAGCUGGUUCUGACACUUGUCGAGUAAAAAUAAUAAAUCGUCUGGUAAAUACCAGAAAUGGAUAUGUUCAAUAAGCUGAAAAGUGCUGUAUCGAGUGCACUUCCUGGUAACCCAUUGUCUAAGGACUUCGAAGUGUAUGGACAAAUUGGUACAGCUGGACCAGGCCUGCUAUGGAAAAUAUACAGUGGCAUGAAAAGAACUACAAAACAGGAUGCCGCAAUAUUUCUGUUCGAAAAGAAAAGUAUAGAGAAAUAUUCGCGUAGAGAUAAGGAACUGAUAUUGGAUGCCUUGCGUCGAGGGGCGUCUCAACUUACACGGCUUAGACAUCCAAAAAUAUUAUCUGUUAUGCAACCACUGGAAGAGUCCAGAGAGUGUUUAGCAUUUGCCACAGAACCGGUGCUAGGCAGCCUAGCUAAUGUGCUUGGUAGCCAUGAUAACAUUCCAGAACCGGUUGCUAAGCAACUUAAAGAACAUCAACUGUAUGAUGUAGAGAUAAAGUAUGGACUUCUUCAGGUUACAGAGGGUGUACAGUUCCUUCAUCAAGAUGCCAAAUUGUUACAUAACAAUAUAUGCCCAGAGAGUAUUAUUGUCAACAAAAAUGGAUCAUGGAAACUUGCAGGCUUUGACUUCUGUAUACCUAACAAAAAUCCUCCUGAUCAAGCACUGUUAUUUCCAUAUAAGGAUUGGGAUCCGGAUGUUGCACCAUGUGCUCAGCCUAAUUUAGACUAUAUGGCUCCAGAGAAUGCGAUAUCAGAGUCGUGUAGCCUGGCAUGUGACAUGUUCUCUAUUGGUAUGCUGAUUUAUACAAUGUUUAACAACGGUAAACCUUUGUACGAGUGUAGAAGCCAGUGGAGUUCAUUCAAGAAAAAUGCAGAAGAGUUGAGAAAAUGGAGGGGAACUCUAAUGGGAAAGAUCCCGUCAGAUCUACGAGAUAUUGUCAAGCUUCUAUUUAACACAGAGCCUACAGUUAGACCGGAUCCAGAUCAACUUGCUAAAAUUAGCUUCUUUGAUGAUGUGGGCUCUAUGACAUUGCAAUAUAUGGAUUCCCUGUUUCAACAAGACAAUCUACAGAAAUCAAAAUUCUUCAAGGGACUACCAAAGAUUGUUGUGAAAUUCCCAAAGAGAGUGAAUCUUCAAAGAAUUCUGCCGCCGUUAGUUAAGGAGUGUGUAAACCCGGAUAUGAUACCAUUUGUGCUACCUAAUAUACUGCAGAUAGCGGAACAAGCUUCAGAUAAAGAGUACACCACUCUCAUACUACCUGAACUCAUCCCUAUGUUCAAAAUUACAUCACCAAUACAGAUACUGCUGAUCUUCAUGCAGAAUAUGAACCUUCUACUGAAGAAAACACCAGCUAAUGACAUUAAGACACAUGUCUUACCUAUGAUAUACAAGGCCUUAGAGUCGGAUAAUCCUCAGAUACAGGAACUGUGCCUAAACAUCAUACCAACCUUUGCUGAGCUGAUCGACUACACAUCCCUGAAAACUUCCAUUGUUCCUAGAAUAAAGAAACUUUGCCUGUCUACAAACAUAACUGGAGUAAGAGUCAAUUGUUUACUGUCUCUUGGUAAACUAUUAGAGGCAAUGGAUAAAUGGUAUGUUCUGGAUGAAAUUUUACCCUUGUUACCACAAAUUCCAUCCCGGGAACCAGCUGUUUUAAUGAGUGUACUAGGGUUUCUCGUAUUAUGUGGUUUUAUGGACUCAUUCCUGUCAGGUUUUGGAAUGGGAGGAGGUGAAAAAUCUUACAGUCCGAGCCCAGGCAAAUCUGUCCAGCCAUCACAGCCUGCAACCAGCCAGCCUGCUAAGGUAACGCUUUCACUGGAGGAAAAACAAAGAAUUGCGAAACAACAGGAACAGCAAAGGUUCCUAAAAGCUGCCAAACCUCUUGAUGUCAAAUCUUCAAACACUCAAUCUCAGAACAGGCCUAAAACAGCCUCAAACCAGCCUAAAGACUUGACCUCCAGUCUCAUGCAGUCAAACAUGUCUGGACUGAGUUUGUCAUCAAAUAAACCUACAAACUCAUACAAUGGUACGAUGGGACUGAGUUCCAAUAGCAGUAUUAAUAGUGGCUCUUUCGGGAAUCAAACUUCUAAAUCUGGCGUCAGUUCAAUGAGUACAGGAUAUGGAUCUUCUAUGAAUCAAGGGGGAUUCGGGUUAUCAAGUGCAAGUUCAUAUUCCCAGAAUUCCUUUGGUCAAAGUUCAGUUGCAGGUCAAGGAAACAAGUCUGUGGACCUGUCAUCAUUUGAUAAUCUUAUGACAAGUAGUUCUCAGAAACCUAAAGUAUCUAUGAGUCAAAUGGGUCAAAAUCCAGGGGGUUCAUCAAUGCAGCAGACAGGCAUGAUGGGAAAUAUGGGUAACCAAGGCAUGAUGGGUAACCAAGGCAUGAUGGCUAAACAAGGCAUUAUGGGAAAUCAAGGAAUGAUGGGAAAUCAAGGAAUGAUGGGAAAUCAAGGCAUGAUGGGUAACCAAGGAAUAAUGGGCCAGCAGGGCAUGAUGGGAAACCAAGGGAUGAUGAACAGUGGGUUUGGAGGGUCAAACAUGGGUUCAGGAUUUAGUGGUGGUGGUGGUAUGAAUUUCCAGCUAGGUGGCAUGGGUAGUCAAGGGAGUAUGUUACAGUCCCAGCCAAUGGGUGGACAGAAUUUGAUGCAACCUCAGUCAAUCAAUAAUCAGAAUUCAGUGAAUAAUGUACCGUCUGUAAGAAAUGACCUUGAUGACCUAUUUGGAUGAAAACAAAGAUAAGAAACAAGUCUGUGAUAGCUUUACUUAUUGUGUUAAUGGAGGUGCAAUUGGUCAUUUCAGAGGGAUUGUCUUUCAGUAUCAUUAAAGUGUUAUAACUGCCAGAUUGUUCAUUCCAUAAUCAUUAGUGAAGUAAAUAUCUUCACAAACUUAAGCAUAUAUCAUUGGUCAGAUAAGAAAUUGCUCUAAAAUAUUCCUGCAUUUCAUUGGUCGAUUUUAUGAAUAAAGUUUUGUUGAAAUAGCUUAGUAAAAAAGAAAAAUGUGCUGAAAGCAUUUAUUGUUGUAGACUGGUUUUGAAACCUGGCUCAGAGUUGAGCUUUCUGAUUGGUUGAUUCAAAGUCCGUAUAAGAAGAUUAACCAAUGAGAGAUUUGUUUAAAGCACUGGUUACCAGUCUGUUUUGUUAUGUAUACAUUUCAAGUUUUUUUAUGGAAAAAAAAUCAAUAUAUUUCAAAACUUGAGAUAUUUAUGAGAUAUUGGCUUACUACUUAGUAAAGAUGAUUUUUCAUGAUCAUUUUUGCAACAUUAUUUUAAGAUGAAUUUUCAUUUUUGGUGUUCAUAUUUAAGAUUUUGUUUCAUGCCCAUGAAAAUUGAAUAAAACAGGAUGGUGGUCUAAAUAUGUACAUUUUAAUCAUACAUAUAUUAAAAUUUAAUUAUGUUUAUAUGGUAAGGGAUAUUAUUAUUAUCAUAUUAUUGCUUAACAUUAGGGUGCAGCUUAUUUCAUUUGUUAAGUUUUCAGAAUACAUAUAAUUCCAGGUAGCUAACAGAAUGUCGAUGGUUCUAAUCAAGUUCCCAAAUAAUGCUCAUAGGGGCACCUGAGAUCAUCUUCCUCCACCACUUAAGUUGAAAAGUGACAAUUUGACUUUAAAAGUGUUGGUGUGACUUGAAACCAAAAUCUAACCAUUGAAUGAUGAUAAAGUUUAGCCUAAUACUUGUGUGUGUUAUAUAGAAACACAACUUUCAAUUAAUUUUAUUUAAUUUUUGGCAAAUUAUUUGAGACCUGAUCUUUUCUAGAACUCUUAAAUUAGCUGUUUUAUUUUGAAAGGAGAUACAUGAAAGCAAAUGCAUAAUGCAUAUAAAAAAGCACAGCACUUGAUAUCUGUAUGUUAUUUUGUGUACUUGGCCCUAUUUCCCACUUGUGUAUUGAAAAUAUUAAUUGGCCUAUUUCUUGAGCCUAAUUGUUUUCAUAUGAUAUACAUCUUUCCUGCAUAUAGUUAUUAGUUACAUAUAAAAGAAACUGCAGAAUGAAGUGAUAAUCAAGGUAAAAAUUCACUUGCUUGAUUAUGUUAGGGUUCUAUAAGUCCAAAAGUUUCUUGAGGGUUCUUUAACUCACAAAUGUUUCUUGAGGGUUUUGCAACUCCAAAAGAUUAUUUAGGGUUGUUGUUUGAGGGUUAUACAAAUACCAAAAGUUUCUUGAGAGUUCUAUACCUCCAAAGGUUUCUUGAUGAUUCUACAACUCUUUUUCAUUCCCUAGAUGAUUUUACAAUUCCAAAAAAUUAUCAACUUACUUGCAUGAGGGUUCUAUGACUCACUAAUAUAAGCAAGUAACUUGUUUUGGAAUUCUAUUACUUGAGGUAAUGCUCCAAUGACAUUUUUGUUAGUGAUACCUUACAUAUCUGCUGACGUUAGUUGUUAUUAUAAUUUUAUUGAAUUGAAGUUUACUUAACCGUGUGUUAUAAUUGAUACAUUUGUUGUUUUGUUUUGUUUUUGUCUGUUACAAGCAUAAUACAUUGUAUAUGUGGACAUGUGUUAAAUGCAUUCUUUUCAUAUCAGUGUCUAACUGUACUCUGAGAAUAACUACUUUACAUUACAAUGGGAAAAUGCUUAAAAUAGAAGUGUGUAAAGUACUGUAUAUAAUAUAUUUAUAUGUUAAAAAAAAAGAAAUUUGAUUCCUUGUGUGGAUGUAGUGGAUGUAAUAUAUAAAAAGAGAGGUUUCUGGGAAAUGCAUAUUAUACACAUAUUUUGUACAAUAUAUUACUUUUGAUAAAUGUACAAGAAUUUUUAUUUGCCGCAUAUCUUGGUAUUUUGACAUUUCCCGCACUUUCAUAACAUUGCGUCAUUCUUAUACUUGUUAUUUAAGAAAUAAUAUAUCCAAAACAGUUACUUUAUUGCUCAAUAACAUCACUGUUUGGAGUUUGAUGUGAGGAAUUAUAUCACGAGAUAAUGAUGCGCAUCCGAACGACAAACAGUGGCGUUAUCAAGCGAUAAAAUCACCGAUUUGGAUAUAUCAUUUCGAUUCUAACACAUCAAAAAAAUGCAUUCUGCCGUACCUGAUAUUAAUCUAACUUGCGCCUGAUUUGUUUGCGUACUUAUUUUCAGGGCAUCACAUUUUGAGUGGUAAUGUCACGUGUGUAAUGAUUACAUCACAUGUUUAAAUAUAGAACAUCAACAGUGAUUUUAUUGAAUAAUAACACACACUUUCAGUUCUUCUAUAUUCAAUAGUGAAAAAUGCGGGUCGUGUUAGAAUAUUAUAUAAUACAUAACUGUCUGAAGAUAUGUGUACAGCAUUGAAAGUGCCAACAGAAAAUAUAUGUGUAAAAAGUAUGUGAUAUUUAGUUUAAACAUAUUUUAUAUGUUUACAAGCAUGUAUCAUUUUACAUCACAAUGUACACAUGUAUGGAUUGGAAAAAAAGCAGAACACAUAUUAAUUCUUUUCCAUUGAAUGAUAUUACUUCUAUGCAUUUCCCAGAAACCUAUUUUUGAUAUGUUUAUAUGUUAUAUAUACAAGUAAUACAAAAAUAUAUCAAUAUAUUAUAACCAUUCUCUUAAAUUAUAUCGUAUUAUGCAUAUAAUAAAAUGUUUGUAGAAUAGCUUAUUUUAAUUUGGGAACUGUGCAAUAGAAAUAGGCAAUAAAUAAGGAUUUAUGUUUAAUUUUGAACUACUUGUAUGUGCUUAUACUAGAUUUCCAUUUGCUAAAUGACAUCAUUUUUGAACAGGAAAAGAAUGAAAAUGAUGUAUAUUUAUAACUGUUACAAUGAUUUGUAUCAUAUCUAAAGGGAAAAGGUACAUAUUAUAUAUUUGUGUAGGAAAUUGUCAUAUUUAUUGCUGCAUUUUUUUUUGCUUAAAAUGUUUUGUUAUUACAAAUUAAAGCUUAGAAUAUUGGUUAAAAAUAUUUGUUACCUUAUAAUUUUUGGUUAUUUCAAAUUAAAGCUCAUAUUUAUACUAAAGAAUAUUGGAUAAAAAUAGGUAAAGCUUAUAUUCAUAUUAAAAAUAGCUGUUGGCUUAUAAUUUUUGGUUAUUUCAAAUUAAAGCUUAUAUAAAAGAAUAUUGGUUAAAAAUAGUUAAAGCUUAUAUUUAUAUUAAAGAAUAUUGAUUAAAAAUAGCUGUUGGCUUAUACUUUUUGGUUAUUUCAAAUUAAAGCUUAUAAUAUUGGUUAAAAAUGGUUUUUGGGGAAAGUUGUUCAUUAUUAUUACCUCUCUUUAGAAACCCAAGUAUUUGUCAUUUGUUAUUAUAUAUAUUAUUGAAAUUAGUCCUUUCCUACCAUUAUAAUUUAUGUUUAACUACAUAAUUAAAUUUAGUCCUUUCCUACCAUUAUAAUUUAUAAUAAUCUAUGUUAUAAUCUAUGUUAUUGAAUUUAGUCCUUUCCUACCAUUGUAAACUAUAUAAUUGAAUUUAAUCCUUCUCUACUGUUAUUAAUUAUUGGUAGGUUUGGGUGCUAACUAUGAUGCCUAUGUGAUUGAAUUUAGUACUUCCCUGCCAUUUUUUUAAAAACUUAAUUGCUAUAUAUAUAUAAUACAUAUAUAUAAUACUGACUUUCUACCGCCUCAAUUUCAAAGCCUGAUUAAAGUUUGAAUUGUAUUUAGCAGUGUUUUGAUUAAAGGUAUGUAAGUACAUGUAUCUAUAACUUAUGUUUAUCUUUUUGAUCUAAUUAUUUACAGGGACUCCACUGUGGUUUAAUUUUGUCAUGAAGAGACAUUAUAUUUUCCGAGAUUUGUGUACUUUUUAAUGUAGGUGUAGACCAAUAACUUGUAUCCAAAUUAUAAGAUCCUGUCCUCAUCUUUCCAGAAUCAUCAAUCUUAUUGUGCAAAUGACCCAGAAAUGAACCUUUUUCAGUUAAAUUGGGC